AGAAAUUAAGGGAAAAUAAGAAAUUUCAGAAAAUUCUGUGGUGAAAAACGCGAAUUUCAAACAUUUUUCUCGUUCUUCAGUUCUACAAAUCUUUAUUUCAUCUUCUGCCUUUUGUCGUCGACUUCAUCACUCUCUUCCUUUUCGUCUCUCUCGUUUCUGCCCUUUGGAUCGCCCACCGGUCUGAAUUACCUUGACCGGUUCUAAUCCGGUUGCGCUUUUCCCCUUUCUAGAUCAGCAUUCCACCAACAAUCAUGAAUCCUGAGUAUGACUACUUGUUCAAGCUCUUGCUUAUUGGGGACUCUGGAGUUGGCAAAUCAUGUCUUCUAUUGAGAUUUGCUGAUGACUCAUAUCUGGAUAGUUAUAUUAGUACCAUUGGAGUUGAUUUUAAAAUACGCACCGUGGAGCAGGAUGGAAAGACAAUUAAACUCCAAAUUUGGGAUACUGCAGGACAGGAGCGUUUUAGGACCAUCACUAGUAGCUACUACCGCGGGGCACAUGGCAUAAUAAUUGUUUAUGAUGUAACAGACCAGGAGAGUUUUGAAAAUGUUAAGCAAUGGUUAAACGAAAUUGACCGUUAUGCAAGUGAAAACGUAAACAAGCUUCUAGUUGGCAAUAAGUGUGAUCUUCCUAAUAAAGUAGUGUCCUAUGAAUCAGCAAAGGCUUUUGCUGAUGAGGUUGGGAUCCCAUUUAUGGAGACAAGUGCAAAAGAUGCUACCAAUGUAGAGCAGGCAUUUAUGGCCAUGACUGCUGACAUUAAAAAUAGGAUGGCAAGUCUGCCUGCGAACAAUGCGAGGCCACCAACGGUGCAGCUACAGGGGCAACCCGUCAACCAGAAGGGUGGAUGUUGUUCUUAGUUGGUUGUUUCUGCCAUUGCAAGUGUGCAUUGUGCACGUAAUAUCAAAUCUCUCUCUAUAAAGUAUCUGAAAUCCCAUUCAUUUCAAAUAGACCUUGAAUUGUCACUCUAUACCUUUCUGUAUUAUCAAAGCAGUAGUAUUUCCUUUUUCUUCUUUCCAAUACCUGUUUUAAGCUGCCGUGUAGGGAACUUUUAGAGGUAUAGUUCAAGCCAUCUCUCAGUUUAUUUGCCUCAUUA